AUGUUCAAGGUACACGCAAUCCUGCUUGCCGUACUCUUAGCCUUCAUCAGCAAGGAGCACGUCAGCGCCCAUGUCGGCCGUGGCAUGCCCGUCCACCAUCACUUGCAGGCUCGAGUUGGUUCCACCACAGACCAGGACCGUCAUCUGAGCAUCUAUCGUCGCUCGCUCCGCCAGGACAACGAGAGAAGGUCGCAGUUUUUGCACGAGUCGAUCCACGAGAACGUGAGGCGAGCUGCAUCCAAGGAUGGUCACGAGAUUCCAGCGUACAGCAAACGUCAAAGCACCUCUGACACUGGCGGCUCUGCGGGUUCCAGCAGCACGGGCCAGACUGAUGCUCACGGUACCACAGAGGAGUCGGCUGCGAAGCUCGACAAUCCAGUCGAGCAAUGCACGCCGUACAAUCUGCCCGUCAUCGGCCAGAUCAUUUCGCAGUUCCCACCCGUAUGGACUGUCGCCGAUAUCCUCCAAGGCGAUACCGAAGCCACGCAGCUGUUGCAGACCAUCAACGCCUCUGGAAUCAUUCCUACAGGCAUUGCUCCUCGCGGUACGCAGCCGAGUUCGCUCAGUGGCGCUGACCUCGAUGGCGACUAUUCUCUCAGCCAAGAUCCCGACUGCUGGUGGACUGACAAGAUGUGUACCACCCCUAAACAUGCCGGUCUCUUGCCGGACGUCACAACGUGUAACGAGCCCUACACUUGGGGUUACACCUUUGACGAUGGUCCCAACUGCACCCAUAAUGCGCUGUACGAUAUGUGGGCCGCCAACAACCAAAAGGCUUCUCUGAUGUACAUUGGCUCCAACGUCCUCGAUUGGCCGUUGGAGGCACAGCGAGGAAUUGUCGAUGGACACCACAUCUGUGUCCACACUUGGUCGCAUCGAUACAUGACUUCUCUCACCACCAGCCAGGCGUUUGCAGAGCUCUGGUACACGAUAAAGGCAAUCAAGUACGUCAUGGGCGUCACACCCACCUGCUGGCGUCCACCGUACGGCGAUGUCGACGAUCGCAUCCGCGGUAUCGCACAAGGUCUCGGUCUGCGAACCAUCAUGUGGAACGUCGACACCAACGAUUGGAACAUUGCCCCUUACGGUCCCAUCCCUACUGCCUCGAUGCGCCAGACCUACUCGAGCAUCAUCUCGAUGGCCACCAUGGCCCCUGCUGCCACCGGCGGAGUCAUUGUUCUCGAACACGAGCUCGAGCAGUCGGCUAUGAAUAUGAGCGUGGAGCAGUAUCCUGCGGUCAAAGCUGCUUGGAAGCACGUCGUACCCCUCAACGCCUGCCUCAACAUCACCCACCCUUAUCCCGAGGACAUCACCUACCCGGACUUUAGCGACUACAUCGCUGGCAACGUUGUCGCCUCUGGUCUCCCCAACAACCACAUGGAAAUUGCUUCGACCGUCAAGGUGACGGCGCAAGGCACGCUUUCUGGAAUGGGCAGCACAUUCCCUACCGCCACCGACGGUUCUGGUAACAGCGCAAACUCGGUCGCACAGACGUCCGCGCCCACCAAUUCCGGUUCAAGAGCGGGAAGCGCAGGAAGUGCCUCGAGCCCCAGUUCCAGCUCAAAAGGUUUCGCCCAGUUCAGCGGUGCUUCCUCUGUCUCCUCCGUCUCGUUGCUUACCCCUAUGCUUGUGGCAGGUUGCGCCAUGGUGGGUGCCCUGUUGGUGUUUGUCUGA